AUGCUAAAUUUAGCGCGGCUUGAUCCGCAUACAUUCAAUCUCGAUCUCUAUCUACCGCUUGUCGAUCUCUGUGAUAUUGAAAAUGCGAAGCGUGCUCUGCAAUUCACAUGCUUAUUACGAAAACUUGAUGGCUUCUGA